AAAUGUCGAAUAUUUUUAUUGUAGUAUCAAGUAUGUACUUGUUAUGUACAUGAAUAAUAUCGACUAUGAGGCAAUUAAAGUAUUUCAAAUUUCAAUUCAAACAACUAUUAUGGCAAUAAUCAAAAUUAAUGAAUGUUUUCAUUGUGUUCAUGAAACUAGCUAAAGUUAUAAAAAGUGUGAGCAAUAAACAUGACGUGUGCUAAAUAUCACAAUAGGCGGGUAAAAUGUAAACAAUAAUAUUGUUAUUUGAACCAGCUGUUCUGCAAAACGCCCCCAAAAUUAUGUAAUAAGUACAGGAAUAGUAAUCAAUUAGUAUUUAAUUGAAAUUCAACAUUAAAAGGUGUUACAGUAACACCACAAGUUAUAAUUAUGAGCUUCGAAGAGGACGAUAUUCAACCACUCAUACGGUAUGGAUCAAUUGAACGUAAUGAUAUAUUCAUCGAAUUUACUAGUCAGAAUAUAAAUGCAGAUCCAGAGUUUGAACAGGUGGUGUUUGGAUACAAAACCAGCAGAUGGAGGACUUAUGUCACAUAUUUCUUCUCUAUAAUAACAUGUGGAUUACCAUUUCUGGUCUUCCAUUGGGUGCCAAAGUUGCUUCUGUAUGCGACUUCUGUUCGAAGCUGCUUUCAAAUAGCUGACCAAGUUAUGGUUGUUGAAACAUAUCAGAAGAAAUGUAAAAGUUUUUAUAUACAUAAAAUAUUGAACAAGAAUAUAACAAAUUCAAGCGGUUUAUUGAAUGAAGGUUUCGAAGAUGAGGUGGAAACUGAAAAAGCUAAAAUUGAAAAUGCCGAAGGGCUGCAUACACCAAUCCAUUUGGACGAUGGUAUCGACUUAAAUGUGAAUGAGUUCCGAUACUUUCGUCACAAGAAGCAGUGUCUCGUAUGGGACGAAGCGCGCGCGAAAUGGGCUCGACUUGCGGGCGUGGAGAACACUACGUGCGCGCGGCUACACGCGUUCGGAUCCGCGCCGCCGAGUGCGAGUCGGCGACUUAGAAUGUUUAAUAUAUACGGCCUGAACGAGAUUAAAGUGCCCGUGCAGUCUGUACUAACUCUAAUAGUAUUGGAAGUGUUCAAUCCGUUCUACGUGUUCCAAUUGUUCACGAUCGCCGUUUGGCUGGCGGAGCCUUAUUACUACUACUGCCUCGCCGUCGUGCUCAUGUCGACGUUCGGUGUUGCCACAUCUGUGAUACAGACUAAGAAGAACCAAGAGAAUCUUCGUGCGACGGUGGACGCGCACGACACAGUACAGCUGUGGGGCGGUCGCGUCGUGGACAGCAAGGCUUUAUGUCCCGGUGACGUCAUAGUGUUACCAGCGCAUGGCUGCAUGAUGCACUGUGACGCGGCGUUACUCACGGGCUCUGCCAUACUCAAUGAGAGCAUGUUGACAGGUGAAUCAGUGCCGGUAUCAAAGACAGCGUUACAGCGAAUCGACAAGCAGUUCAGCCUGAAGGAACACAACUCCAACGUCCUGUUCUGUGGUACCAGGGUGAUCCAGACGAGAUACUACAACAACGAACCUGUCAAAGCUCUGGUACUUCGUACGGGGUACAACACCAGUAAAGGUCAACUCGUGCGCAGCAUUCUGUACCCGGUUCCAGCCGAUUUCAAAUUUGACAGAGAUUCAUAUAAAUUUAUAUUUAUACUGGCCUGUAUCGCUUUACUGGGACUUAUAUAUACUGUUGCAUUAAAGGCGUACAGAUCGCUAACAGUACGCGAUAUAAUAAUAAAGGCGCUGGACAUAAUCACGAUCGUCGUGCCGCCGGCGUUGCCCGCCGCCAUGACAGUUGGUCGCUUGUACGCCGUCGCUCGACUGAAACGGGCGCGAGUAUCCUGCCUCAACACCAGGGCUGUCAACGUCAGCGGCUCGCUUGAUUGCAUGUGUUUUGAUAAGGUUGGUAGCCGUUGCUGUUAAAAACAGUUGGUCGCUUGUACGCUAUUUCUUGACU